GACACAAACAUGACCAAGUGAUUUUUUUAAAUGAUUUUAUUUUGUAUAAAAAAUUUAGAAAUCCCACAAAAAUCGUUUAAAUUCUUGUGAAAUGCCCAAUACGAGGCGUCGGAGAUUUUCAGUACAAAAUGACAUCGGCGGUCGGGACUCGUCUAAAAUGCAAAAUGGGCUGCAAGCCAGCCAUCAAGAAACAGAUGAUACAAAAACUAUAGUAAACAAUCUGGUUUCUAUGAGGUCAUCAAAAUCCAAAAACAAAAUGUUUCCGAAUUCCUCAAAGAACACGAGCAGUCUCGAGAUAGUUGCUGAAUGUGAAAGUUGUACAUCAGCUGGCAAGAUUAAGUCAACCGUAGACAAAGAUGUUACAGCAAGCUCCAGUAGUAUUGAUCUAUUUAAUAUUCUAAACGUGGAUGAUGCACCAACAGACCAACCAGUGGAAACUAUAAGUCAAAAAGCAUCUCAAGUUAAAGAGAGAGAUGCGAGAUCUGUAAACAGAGAUAAAACUCCUCUGAGACGUGAAAAAUAUCCCCGGCAGCAUCGAAUCAAGGUUCGGAGUCCGAGGCGUCGACUGCCGGUUAUGGAUCAGAAAGCCAAUGACAGCUUCCACAGAUCUAUCGCAACAGGGGCAAUAGACUGGGAGCAAGAGGUGGAAGUGUGUAUGGAGCCGGCCACCAACUUGUCGGAGACAAUCGAAGAGCAGCAGAGAGUGAGCAAUCAUUCUCUGGAUGAUAUGUGCCGUAUUUGCCACGGAGGGGAAUCGUUGUCGAGUGAACUGGGGCAAUUGAUUUCUGCUUGUUCCUGCCGCGGGACAGUGGGGAGAGUUCACGUGAAGUGCUUGGAGCGAUGGUUGACGGAGUCGGGCAAGUCGAGAUGCGAGCUGUGCGGGACGAGGUAUGCGACGAGAAGAGUGCAUCGCUACGGCGUGCCUCGAGCGUUGCUCAUGUGGGUGCUCAGCCAGAAUGCUAAACAGUUGAUGGUUGACAGCUUGGGCAUCAUGCUGAUGUCUCCGCUGGCAGUCCUGGCCGCCUGGUUGUCUGGUCGGACGCUCGCUGGCCUGAUGACCCAGGAUAGCCACGCCACGCCCUGGCCACUCGCUUCUACCUUCGUACUGGCUUGUAUGACCCUUGUGUGCUACUACUGCUGGAUCGUAUCAGCGGCGACGCGACACGCCCUCGGCUGGUGGAUCUGGUACCGAUCACAAUAUGAAGUCAGAUUGCAGUUCCAAGAGAGCGAAGAGUAACGUUUAAAUCAAGAAAUCCCGAAUCAGAAAGAAAUCUUUUAAUCAACUUUUUAUAAUGGACAUUUUAGUAAACAUAAAGCUUUUUUAAGUUUUAAGAUUCCUAAUUUAUUUAUUUAUAAGUACAUUUAAUUGCAGGACGAUUGUAAACAUAAUAUUGAAAGGCUUUUAUAAUGGUGUCAAAAGUCAAAAACAACGGUAAAAUAUUUUAUUAUUUUGAAAUUAUUAACUGGUGGUUACAUUCUGAGUUUGUUUUCAACAAAAUGUAGAACUUGUGCUAAGAUCUCCACAAUAAACGCCUCGUUUUAAAAAUAUUUGUUUCAAUUAAUUAGUGCUAGUUUAUUCGAUAUGUUUUACUGCUAUAAAGUCUCGGAGCAAGAAAUAUUUAGUUAAGGCAAUAUUAAAUUCUUUUCUUCCUUCUUUUAGUUGAGGCGUAAUUUAAAGUCGCGCUGCGCCAAAAGACUCGAAACAAAGUUUUGUAUUGAAGGAAUUCCAAGAUAAACACUGAACUUAAGGUAGGCCAUUUGAAUUUCUUGUUUUCGUGAUUUUCAAAGACUGUUCUUCUGUUCCGAAAAGAUAGCCAAUAUUUUUUAUUUAUUUAUUUAUAUCAUUCACUUUAUCUGAUUCUAUUGUAAGGAACUAUUUAUCAUACCUACUUAGUUUAAGUUAUAUUAUUA